ACAUAAACUGGGAGCGAGGCGGCGUGAGUUUGCUUUUAGCACUUGUCACAUUUGCAAUUGGAUUUGUUUGAAUAUAGUUGCUGUUUGGGAGCAAAUGAGAGCGAGAAAGCGAGACUAUUAACAGCGAGAGGAGCUCAGCCGUUCAGUCUGAGCGUCUGAUCCGUCCGUGUGCGCACAGUUAUUAACAUUGGCGACACCAGAUUUAUAUCGUUUUUCAUUGUUUUGCCCUUUUUUGACUCGCAUGGAAUUUAUCAAGAGCAAGCAGCGCGGUUUGAUCGCUAUUUAUUUGCGUUUCACUUCAGUCCGGAUAGUGGGGAUCUCGUCGCGUUUAUAACCGCGUUUGAAUUAUUAUUGAUAGAAGAGAGAGGGGGAAAAACGUCGGCUGCUAUUCAUCUUUCCAGGUUUUUUUUAAUUUAUCGAGGCGUAGUCUAGUCAACCGCGCGUUUCAAAGCCAUUUCCAGGAGCAGCAGCUGUGAGCAGACCGAGCCGUGCAGCCUGCCUGCUGGAGCCGAGGACGGAUCGCCCGGGGAAGGACUCCUCGUUCCUCAGGACGAUGGUGUUGGACAAGGAAGAGGGUGUGCCGAUGCUCUCCGUCCAGCCCAAAGGGAAACAGAAGGGGUGUGCCGGCUGCAAUCGCAAGAUUAAAGACCGCUACCUGCUCAAGGCCCUGGACAAAUACUGGCAUGAGGACUGUCUCAAAUGUGCCUGCUGUGACUGCCGCCUGGGGGAGGUGGGCUCCACCCUCUAUACGAAAGCCAACCUCAUCCUCUGUCGCAGGGACUACCUGAGGCUCUUUGGUACAACGGGGAACUGUGCAGCCUGCAGUAAACUGAUCCCAGCCUUUGAAAUGGUGAUGAGAGCCAGAGAUAAUGUUUACCAUUUGGACUGUUUUGCCUGUCAGCUUUGUAACCAGAGGUUUUGCGUGGGUGACAAGUUUUUCCUAAAAAACAACAUGAUUUUGUGUCAAAUGGACUAUGAGGAGGGCCAGCUGAACGGGAGCUUCGAGACACAGGUUCAAUAGUGGGAAAAACCUCGUGGCAGCAACAAUCGGCUCCACACUUUAUACACAAGAUGGAUGUUCCGCUGCACUUGGAGAGAAAAAAAAAAAAAAGACAAGCGUCUGUCUGCUUGCCUGCAAUACUUUUUAAGACCCCUUUAUCAGUCCGGAAGAAGGACUGUGUUGUAAAUGUUUAACUUUUUGCCCCUCCCACACCCCAACACUGAGCAGUUACAAAUUUUGAUGUACAGUUGUGCCUGCUUAGCUGAGCACUGUAUUGCUUGUAUGUUUUGUGAAAUUUGUUUCCGGUUUGUUUGAUUUUCCUUUUAGAAAUGGUUCAUUGGAGGGUAUGUACAGUCUGUUUUCUCUGUAUAUAUAAACUGGAACAUUUAUUUUAUGAAAUGUAAUGCAAUUUUAUUACUAGUGUGAAUUAAAGAUUCUUAAAUGUUCAUAGUGAGUUUUUUUCUCUCGGACCAAAAACCAAAGUGGAAGGAGGUUAACCCAUGUGUUCAUAUGUAAUCAUGCCUCCUUAAAAAAAUGCAAUGCUAUGAAAAGUCUUGCAAGAGAAAAUAUAUUUUGAAGUCCUUCUUCAAAACA